CGCUACUACUUCUGCUUACAACCUACUCUAAAAUUCAAUCUUUAGAGACCAAUACAAACCCCUCGCAUCUGCUGUUACAAUGCCAACUCUCAAUAAACGCAACUUCCCACCCCUCCCUUCGCAAAGGACCAAGCGCCAGCGCCAGAGAACGACAUCAAAUCGUGAAGAUAGGUCUAAGAAUGUUGGUUCAACCGCCACGAUUGAUGACCUCCCUGAUGAACUGAUCCUGGACAUCCUGGACUGGCUGCCCGACAUCGCCACAUCAGGAAUAUCUCGUGUGCAGCCAACGCAGAUACGGACUGUGGUUCUACCAACACUCGCAAGUAUAUCGUUGACAAAUCAUCGCUUCCAUCGGAUAGUCAAAGACAAGCUAUACAUGACAUACCACAGUUGCUUCUGUGAGCCGUACCUGUUCCUGCGGACAAUGAUCACCAACCCUGAACUUGCAGUAUUAGUUCGGAGAGUGGAAUUCGAUAUUCUGGUACCUCUAGACGAAGACGAAGACAGGGAACAGUAUGCUGCGACCGCAAAAGACAAGAAAACAAUCAAAGAGGGCAUCAAAGCGCUCAACAUACCCAAUUGGAAGGAUUGGGCGACUGACUGUAAUUCCGCUGGAGACAGUCGUGAGGCCUUGCAAACCGCAAUUAUGAUGCAUACACCAAACAUCGAUUUUCUAAGAGUUGCUGGAAGUAUUGAUCGACAAUCUCCCCCAAGAUGGACCGGUCUCAUCCGGCAGGCAACAAGCGGAAACUCUUUUGGGAAUACGCACAAGUUCCGACAUGUACGUUCAGUCCGAGUAGCUGCAUGUGUCUCCACCAUACAACAGCUUGCACCGCUAUUUUUAUUGCAGUCGCUGCGAGAGCUUUACCUGAAUCGAAUGGUUGAUUCCUACCAAGUUAGAGGAACCUCAAUGCUACAGCGCCUAAUUCCACCUCUUUGUAACAAUCUGGAGACCCUUAAUCUGGAGGAUAGUUUUUUACACACGGACGAAUUAGGAGUUCUAGUUGCAUCUUCCAGGGGGUUGAAGUCAUUCAAGUACGACCUAACAGUGAGCUAUUUCGGGUAUGGUGUAGAAACAGUUGUCGAGCUAGGCCCAACGACACUGAUCACCGUUCUUGAACGUCAAAAGAGCACACUUGAGAGCCUUCAAUUUCGUCAUGAUGCUACAGACGGAGAGGUCUACGAUUUUGCUAAUCUUCGGGGCAGCCUCAAAGGUUUUGCCGUGUUGAGACAGCUCAGCUGUCCACUCAACGUAAUCUUCGAUUCGCAACUAAAAUCGCCCUCUGCCCUAAUCGAGACCCUGCCAUCAUCCAUAGUCGAUUUUCACGUGUUCGACAGCGACUACAAACCAGAUGAAAGAUUUAUCAACGCUUUGGAGCAUUUAGCCAUGUAUGGUCACGUUGAUGUGCCUCUUCUGAAGGAGGUCCGAGUUCAAGGCGCCAUGUGGGCCACGCGUGACAAGAAACGUCUCUUUGCCCUGUUUGUGGAAGCUGGCAUUGCCUUUUCUGUUAUGGACGACGAGUCCAGUGACAUUUGGGGAGACAAUUCGACAGAUUCAACGCAGUCGUCAGAUGAAGUCGACUUAUAUAGCGACGACGAUGACGACGACGACGGCUCGAACAUGGAGUUGGUACAAUUCUAACCAGUUCGACGAUGGCGUCACUUACAGUCAAUUUACGAGGCGCCCGAACAAGUAUCAGACUAUGUUCUGAGCAUUUCAAGCAAGGAGAGCACUGAUUUUCGGGGGAAGCUUAGUAAUAUAAGAUAUUCGCCGAUUAAUUCUUCGAAAUUGCCGUGAGUGUGUAUGUUCACUGCCCAUCCGAAGGUCCACAAUAUACCCAACGGCUCGCCCGUCGACCGACGACUGGUGGGGGGCGGUUGUCGAGGGAAGUGAUGCGCGAGAAUGGAUACGUAGGAUUUCGUGAUAGAAAGUUUGGUAGUGUGCAAGAGGUUUGAC